AUGUCUCGCUCACUUUUCGUGUCUGGACUUUCACCUCGUACAACAAUUGACGACCUUGAACCAUUAUUUCGAGAAUAUGGUCGUUUGAAAGAUGUAUACAUACCAAGGGACUUUUACACAAGAGAACCUAGGGGCUUUGCAUAUAUAGAAUAUUAUGAUGAACGCGAUUGCGAAGAUGCUUAUCGACAUGGGGCUUUUAUAGUGCAUGGUCGAGAUUUAUCUGUAGAGUUUGCGCGCGGAUCUCGCAAAACCCCACUCGAGAUGAGAGGAAAAGGAAAUUAUUAUAAUCGCUACAGUCCAUCGAGAAGACAACGAUAUUAUCCAUCACCAGACAGAUCUUAUCAACCGAGAAGAGAUAGUCGUAGUCCUGUUCGAUACCAUAGUCCAUCCCGGUCAGAUUAUUAUAGGAGAAACAGCAAUGACGAGGAAGGGAGACGACAAUCUACAAAGACAAGAUCAAUGAACAGACACCGUUCUCGUUCACGGUCAUUAUCUCUCUCACCUGAGCGUAAACGAAAAUCGACAACAUCUUAUCAUCAUCAAAUUGAUCAUUCACCUCCUCAAAGUGAUCAGCUCGUAGAGUCAAAAGUACAAACAAUAACUUCUAGUGAUGACAACAAUAAUAAUUAUGGGGAAUCCUCCGCAUCAGCUGACAGAAAUCCUUGA